UUGUUUUAAAAUUAAUGAUAGGAUGGUGCCACAAGAAUGGAGUGCUGCUUCUGGUCUAUGAUUACAUGCCAAAUGGCAGCUUGGAUAAACACCUAUUCAGUGGACCCGAAGAAAAAACCACUCUAGAGUGGAGAAUCAGGUACAAUAUCAUAGCUGGUCUGGCAUCUGCACUGCACUAUCUCCAUAACGAGUAUGACCAGAAAGUGGUGCAUCGAGACCUCAACGCCAGCAACAUCAUGCUCGAUUCUAACUUUAAUGCUCGCCUUGGCGAUUUUGGGCUGGCUCGUGUCUUGGAAACUAAGAAGACUUCGUAUGCAGAGCUAGAGGGAGUAACUGGAACUAUGGGCUAUAUUGCCCCUGAAUGCUUUCAUACUGGCGAGGCCACCCGUGAGUCUGAUGUCUAUGGUUUUGGUGCUGUGGUUCUUGAGGUGGUAUGCGGGCAGCGUCCUUGCACCAAAAUUGCCGGCUUCCAGUACUUGGUGGACUGGGUAUGGUGGCUGCAUCGGGAAGGGCGCAUACUGGAGGCGGUUGACGAGAGGUUGGGCAAUGACUACAAUGUUGAGGAAGCCAAAAGGCUCCUGCUGCUUGGGUUGGCAUGUUCCCAUCCUAUUGCAAGCGAGAGACCGAAAACACAAGCCAUCUUUCAGAUAGUAUCAGGAUCAGUGGCAGUUCCUCGUGUCCCGCUUUUCAAGCCGGCUUUUAUUUGGCCUUCUGCAGCUGGAUCAGAUUCCAGCAGUAGCUAGCACCAACUUGGAUGUUACAGCAGAUACUACGAACAUUACAUCUGGUUGGACCCCUCAAUGUGUUAGCCCUCGAAGCCAUGCCGAGGGACUCACAGACAGUUCUUUUGUCUAGCCAAAUCAAUUCCUUCCUUUCCAUUUAUUCCUAAUUUGUUUUAUCUUUAUCUAAUUCUUUGGUAAGAUGAGGACAUCGUCUGACAUUUCCGUCCUAGCUUGCUAUUCGGUUCCUUUUUAAGAUUUUAUGGAUUGUUGGAGGUGGUUUGUGCAAGUGUACAUUUGGAUCAAGAGAAUUGUAUACAUUUUUUGCGUUUCGUAAUUUAUUUUACUGUAUUGAAGAAACAAAAGCUCCUGCUGAAAAAUGUUCAUUUUAUGUGGAAAGAGAAAAAUACAAAGAAAUGGAUAUUGGAUCUCCUGAACUGAUUAAAGAAAAGAGAGGCAUUUGUGAAGUUGUUGCGAAGCAUAGUAAUUGCAAGAUAUAGCGUUAAAAUUAUAGCUUUUCACUCGUCUGAAAAUCAAGACUUGAAGCACUUUCUUGCUGCUAAUAUUCCAGCCAUGACAUGAGUCAGAACAAUCUAGUAAAAAA